ACUGGAUCGACCACACCCCCUCUCCUUCGAGCAAGUGGGAUGAAAUCAAAACAAAACAAGACUGACAUCGAUUUUUCCGGAGUUUCCCAAACAAAUGGCCUGGUAAAUGUUCCACUUUGAUCCAAGAUAUGGAAAAUAAACUGGUGGAACUGGAAAUGGGUGAAGUGGAGAACGUCAGGGUGGUGGUCCGCGUGAGGCCGAUGAACGAGAAGGAAACGACGUCGGCUUUCAAGAGCAUCGUGAACGCCGACUCUGUCAGCAACAACAUCACUGUCACCAACCCGAACGCUCAAGCUGGAGAGCCUCCCAAAUCGUUCACCUUUGACCUGGUCUUUGGCCCAGACUCUAAACAAUUUGAUAUUUACAACCAGACGGCGCGUCCGAUAAUCGAAAAAGUGCUGGAGGGCUACAACGGCACCAUUUUCGCGUAUGGGCAGACUGGCACGGGCAAAACCUUCACGAUGGAGGGCAACAGGAAGGUGCCGGAGAUGAACGGCAUCAUUCCCAACUCGUUCGCCCACAUUUUCGGCCACAUCUCCAAAGCUGGGGACAACGUCAAAUUCCUCGUUAGAGUGUCCUACUUGGAAAUUUACAAUGAGGAAGUGCGUGACCUGCUGUCCAGCGACCAGUCGGCCAGACUUGAAGUGAAGGAGCGUCCUGACCUCGGCGUCUACGUCAAAGACCUUACGACGAUAAUGGUUAAUGACACCGACCACAUGGACAAGAUCAUGACUCACGGGAACAAAAACCGAGUCGUUGGCUCGACAAACAUGAACUCGCACAGCUCAAGGUCGCACGCAAUUUUUUCCAUCACGGUCGAGUCAAGUGAGGAAGGCGAUGACGGCCAGCAGCACGUGAAAAUGGGCAAACUCCACCUAGUCGAUUUAGCCGGUUCCGAGCGGCAGAGCAAGACCGGCGCCACCGGCCAGAGGCUUAAGGAGGCGACCAAAAUCAACCUGUCCCUCUCUACGUUGGGAAACGUCAUUUCAGCGCUGGUCGACGGCAAAAGCACGCACAUUCCGUACAGAAAUUCUAAGCUCACGCGACUUCUGCAAGACUCCCUCGGCGGAAAUGCUAAAACUGUGAUGUGUGCAAAUGUGGGUCCAGCCGAUUACAACUACGAGGAGACGGUAAGCACGCUGCGCUACGCGAACCGGGCCAAGAACAUCAAGAACUGCGCCAGGAUCAAUGAAGAUCCGAAAGACGCGCUUCUACGGAUGUGUCAGAAGGAGAUCGAGGAUUUACGCAAACAGCUUCAGGAGGACGGUUUCUCCAGCGACUCGGAUGGGGAUGAAGGAGAGAAGAAGAAGUUGAAGCGAAGAGAUGGCCUUCACAAAAUUCAAGAAUCUGGCGAGUGGGCUGCCGAAAUGCAGGCGAGGAUCGAUGCAAACAGACAAGCGCUGGCUGAAAAGAACCUGACUGAAGAUGAACGAAAGACGUUAGCUGCAGAGGCGGAUAAGUACGAAGCCGAGCUCAAGAAAACUCAGGGUGAACAGACGACGCUGAAGGAGAAGCUUUUCAACCUUGAGCGGAAGAUUCACGUCGGCGGCGAGAAUCUGCUGGAGAAGGCGGAGGUGCAGGAGAAGCUGCUGGCAGCCGCGGCCAGCGAGCUAGAGGAGCGCAAGAAACACGAGCUGCGUCUGCGGCAGGCGCUGGAGCAGAAGGAGGCCGAGCGGCUGGACAUCGAGGAACGCUACUCGAGUCUGCAGGAGGAGGCGGCCGGCAAGCAGAAGAAGCUGAAGAAGGUGUGGAGUCUGCUGCAGGGCGUCCGCGCCGAAACCGCCGACGUCCAGCAGGACCACCAGCGUGAGAUGGAGGGCCUCCUCGACAACGUCCGACAGCUGAAUAGGGAGCUGCGCCUCCAGUCGCUCAUCAUCGACACUUACAUUCCGCCAGAAUACCAGAUGAUGAUUGAAAGAUUUGUCCACUGGAACGAAGACAUAGGCGAGUGGCAGCUGCGUUGCGUCGCUUACACCGGGAACAACAUGCGGAAGCAAAUUCCCUUCAACGAAACCUCUCACGAGAAUGAUCUCAUGGAACCAAACCUGUCUAGUCUUUAUCUAAGCUACUCAACGGACCGCGUGACCCACGACCGGGAGUCGGGUGCGCGCAGGAGGAGCACCAAGUCGGCGGUCAGUCGUUCGGCGCACUCCUCGGUUCUCCAACAGGAGCAGCAGCCUCAAGUUUCUUCGUCCAGCAGCGCUAGGCCCAAGACUUCGCGCCGUUAGAACCUGUUAUAUGCACAUUUUGCUAAUAUUUUUUUAACACUUUUUGUGUUGCAAGUAGUCACAAUUACUGUUGCUCACCAAACUUAAAAAUCAAACUGGAAAAUCUGAUUUUCUUGCGUAGCGAUUGAGUGAUCAUAUCGAAGUAUUUAUUGUAUUAAUUUAUGACGUGUCCCAAAUAAAAUUUUUGCGGUGCUAAUCAAUUUAAUUGA